ACGUACUUAUAAUAUUUUUUUAUGUAUUUGGUAGAUUUUUUUGGUCACUUUUCCUUUUGGCUGCUGUUAAUUGCGCAUGCUAUGUUACAAUGGUAAGCGUAUCGGAUAUUUUAAGAAGCCCCACUGUCGUCACAUUGGAAACCAAUCAAUACCUAGUCGAGAAAGUACCAUUUCCAGCGGUGUCUAUUUGCAGUGUCAACAAGUUGAGUCGAAGUGCAGUGAAUGCAUUUAUAGAGGAAAUACGUGAUCAGUUCGAUCCGCAGCUAACCCCAGAAAUUUGGCUACAAAAAGUUAAAUUAUUAGCUGGCAUCUUCGACAGCGGCUCUGUAGAUUUUAAGGAAGCUGCUGAAUUUCAAAAGAACUUUCUGGAUAAACAAAAAUAUAAUAUAACAGAACUUUUAAAAAAGGUAUGCUUUGGUUUUGUAUUUGAUCGCUAA